AUCUCAUCUAGAUCAUCUUACUCGUGCCGUUACUUCGUGCUUCCCUGCUGCUUUUUUGACUUCUGUGGGAAGUACCAGCGCCGACAGUGUAAGAAGUCUCAGUAUAAGGAGUACAUCGACUUCAUCUCUGAUGUCAGCACAGUGUGUGGCUUCUACACAGAGGAGGACUGUCUGAGGAUACCCUCCACCAAACGUGUAUGCAUAAUAGGCAAAGGAAGGAAAUACAGAGAGGCUGAAGAGGCCCUGGUAGAGAAGCGGCGAAGUGAUUAUAUCAGGAGACGUGAGGCUUUAUUCACAAACUCAGGGGUCAGUAUGAAUGUCAAUCAAAGUGGCCAUUAUAGACCAAAUGACAAUGGACAGAAUAUUUCAACCCCUGCGAAUGACUGGGUGAAUGGCUUCCAACCAAGAGAAAAGACAGAGACCAUUAGGAACUGCACAGCCCUUCCGAGGGAUUUUGUGAAUGAAGUGGUUCUAAGGGUAGCAAAGGCCUUGCUGAGUCUGACUGAGAGUAACACGGAGAGCAGCAAUUGUGGUGACGCUUGGAACACAGGAGGCAGUUUGUUGAUUAGUGAAGUAGUCAACCUCCUGGACCAGUCUUCUCUGCAAGCACUAAAGAAAGAGUGUGGCGGUCUCCAGACUCUACUGAAAAACAACUACCAGGUGUUCAGAGUGGAGGGUGGAAGUGUCUUUAUUCGUGACUGGAGGGUGCAUACAGCACAAAGCUCUCGAGUGAGAUCCAAGCGCAAACCCCCUCCCACAGGUGCCCUGAAGACCCGGCUUUGCUGGUUCCACAUACACCAUCCCCACGGAUGCCCUCUGCCCCGAGAGCACUGUGCUUUUGCUCAUGGAGAGACUGACUUCAAAAACCCCUGAACAUGAUUCAGACAUGAACAGUAGCUUGUUUUGGAAAAAGAACAUUUAGAAAAAGAAAAACAUAUUUUAGUUGAAUUUUUAAUUAUCCCAGGUGCACUGUUUUUCUUAGAAAUAAAUUCAGUUACUUUCAUAAAUAAAAAAUAAACCUAAUGUCUGUUGUAUAAGAAACAUGAAAAAAUUAAUUAUGUCCAACUGUGUACAGAGUUUAUUGUACAAAAAAUUUUAAACUUGUGUAAUGGGAUGCAUCAACUUUUGGCAGGAAAUCCCCCCCACUGGAGCGUGAAGAGGCUUGUGUUUGGAGAGGCAUAUGCUGUGUAAAUGUUAGGAGCAUGAAUAAUUUGGAGGGAAGAGUGGGGAGUUUUAUUCAGCAAAGAUUUUUCAAGUAAAAAAUAAAUAAAUGCGUUUUUUUUUGUUUUUUUUAC